UGUGGGUUGAUUGUAUGCGCUGCUGGGCUCGUCUGUUUUAUUGCGCCUCUUUCUCUGCCCGGACGUCCUCCAACUAAUGCCUGGCCAUCAUGCGGAACGUUCCCCUGUUCGUCGUACCUCGCCGCAUCCGAGCAGGAACGGGAAGACCUCGCCCUGGCCUUCGACAUCCCUGAACCAUGUUCACAUCACCGACGCGCUACUGAGGUCUCCCGAUGAUGGUGUUACAUUGGACUUGUCCCACAAGGGAUUGACGGACAUUGGAGAGUCGGGGGUCGAGGAGCUCGCCACGAUCGGUAGGGAGGAUCUGGUGGAGGACGAGAGUUCUAUCCAGAGAAUAACACUGGGGCAUAAUCAUCUGACAACCCUUCCUAUGGCGUUUGCACUGCUGUCUCGGUUACGGUACCUCAAUUUGAAGUCCAACAAUAUCAUCGUUUUCCCUGACGUCCUCACUGUUAUGCCGUCACUGGAAAUCCUGGAUAUAGGCAGGAACAAGAUCAAGCGAUUCCCCUCCCAGCCUGGUUCUCUAGUCAAUCUGAAGGUCUUUUCUAUAUCCCGGAACAAAAUCACUAGGCUACCUACCUACUUCAAGGAGUUCCAUCGCUUGACCUUGUUCCAAAUUGACCACAAUCCGAUAGAAUGGCCUCCGCGAGAUAUCAUGGAGAAUGGCGGUGGUGCAGAUGGCUCACAGGAAAUGAAGGAUUGGAUCCGCGGCAUACAGAAAUGGAUAGAAGACAAUACGACGUUUCCCGACGACCGUAAGUCGUCGAUUCUCGGCGAAUACGUCGACAGUCCGGCGCAUGAACCAAGUGAUGAGCCCGCCGACACUCGGUUUCGUUUCCCAGUUAGAAACCAGAGCUUUGACUCGGGGAUCGCGCCGCACUUGCGCUCUUUCUCUAUUGAAUCCGAUGUGUCAAUCAACUCUGACAUCAACCGAGUGCAGAAUGGCCUGCGUGCUUCAGACAUACCUUCUCCCAUUGGUCCGCCACGGCUAUACACGAAUCCUAAUAGUUCAUUUCCUGGUUUAGGCGCAGCUACGUCUCUGCCUUCAAGAUCACCUGAUCGGUAUCUACCCACGCCCGAGGAGUCUGUCGCGUCAGCCGACGAGGAUUUGACACAAGCAUCGCAACAGCAUGGGCGAAAUGCUUCUUUUGCGAGCAGCACGCGGAAGCCCACUCGCCCGCUUCUCUUGACGAAGAAGAGUUUGCCUGACCUGCGCACCGCAAAGGUCCAGUUCGGACCUGGCAGGAGAGAGACCGGCUUGACCGAGCCCGCCAUUCGAGAUAGCGGGGUCAUACCCGCAGACUUCCAUCAGCCAUCCCCAGUGUCGUCAAGACAGGAUUCCAGUUCGUCAGAGGACACCGCCGCGAGAUCGAAAGGCGCACGCCCGUCACCCUUUGCUGCCAGUACUCCCAUCACAUCGUCCCCGACGGCAUUGGAGCGGCCGAUACCGUCCAUGGAUAUUGAACGCAACUCGUAUUUCCGCCGAUUAUCAACCUUGCCGUCGUCGACCAUUUCGAAGACCAUCCCCGACUCGCUACUGUCUUUAGUGGACGCCGUUCGCGGGAUACUGUUUGCCCUGUCUCAGAUAUACCAGACGCUCCAGCACUACACAGUUUAUGCCAUCGACGAUCGGCUCUCCUCCGUCCUGACGAAAGUGCUUGACCCUGCGAGUACUUACCUGACUCAGCUGAUCAAUGCCCUAGACCGCUUCGACUCGAUGAGUCGGAGGCACCUGCCACAUCCAUCCGUGUGCAGGACUGUUGUCGAGAGCUGCAAGGACAACGUGGCAGUUUUCGGCAAGGCGGUGAGCGUAUUGGCGCUGCAGCUCAAAGUCUUGGCUACGGGGGACGAUGUGCGAUAUACUCGGCAAAUGUUACUCACUCUUUACGGAGCAACUGCAGAAAUCUCGAAUGCGUGGCAGUCUAUAGUUCCGCACAUUGCUGCUGUUGAGCCGCUGCUUCGGGACCAUCGACCACCUCCGGCUUCGAAGGGACAAGGAUCAACUUGGUCUACUAUGCCGUCUGUAUCCGAGAGCGCCGAGGAGGAACCGUCAACGGCCUCUCCGCUCACGUAUUCGCUCUUCAGCCCAGGCACAACGGCGUACCCGUUGAUGCGCUCGCACUCAGCUCAGCCGCCUAACAAGGUCCUGAUCAAUCGCCGCCACGCGGGGUCCUUCAGUUCUCGGGACGUGGAAGUGGGGAAGACUUUACCUUCGUAUGUUGAGCCGCUGCAUAGGGCGACGGGUGUUAUCAGGGGUGGCCCGUUGGAAUCGCCUGUAUCACGAACGGGCCUGCGUUCGGCGACUGGCUCGCCCGCGUUACCGUCUCCGCCUAUUCUACAUCAGCCCAUAGCGUCGUCGUCGAGGAUAGACCCUUAUGCAAGAGCGCGAGAUGCUCACUCGAGGCAAACAUCUCUGUCGUCCCUGAAGACGUCUUCAAAUCAACCGUCUCCGCGAACCACUUCGAGGCCGCCGCUGCUGGACAUACCAACGAAUUCAACGACGCUCGUCGACAAGGAAGCGCUAGACGCUAUGACUACGGCGGUGGAAGCUGCGCCGGUUGUAUGGGAGAUGAUAGACGAAAUUCUGAACGACAGCGGCGACGAGCGCGAGGAUCUUCGAGAGACACUUGCAAAGGCUGAAGCUGUCACGAUCAGUUUGAGGGAUAACAUCCGAUUAGUACAGGAGAACGACCCGGUAGCCGACAGAAAGACCCUGCGAGAGGACGCACACGUGUUCGUGAAGACCGUUGUACAGUUAUCAAAUGCUAUCAAGAGUUAUGGGGAAGGCCACCCUGUGUCCCCCAAACUUCGUAGCAGCAUGGUCAAAUUGACCAAUGCUACGGAAGAGUUCGUCAUUCUCUUACAUGUCUCCUCCUUCUCGCCAUCGGCGACGCCGAGACCAUUUUCACCCAUGGUUCCCAGCCAGCCAAACGGCGCGGGGCUUGCGCCGGAAGAUGGCAAGUUGGGUGCUAACCUGUCCAGGAGUCGGAGCGCCCUACCUCCCUCCAGUUCCAAGCUCACACCUUCACCGCGAGAUGGGUCGCGCAGCGCGAUGGCCCAUCAGCAGACAUUCAAGCUGCCGAAUACCCCCCGGCCAGGCGCCUCGAGGGACCACGACAACGCCGGAUCCAGCCUGGGAUCAUAACGCAUAACUUAUCCAAGCUAAUACCUAAUCCAUUGAUACACCCUACCUAGCCGCCCUCUAUCUAUCUAUCUAUCCCCCCGUGUCUAAUAGGUCGAGUUCAUAUAAUGCACAUCUUAUUGGGUCUGUACUGUCACUGCGCGCGCCGUUCGUUCGUUCGUUUACUGGCAUAUUUAUCCUACUUUGCUCUCCACUUGCAAUGCUAUUCGGUUUGAUAGGUCCUCAUGCGCAAUGCGGCGAGAAUCACCCUCCACGGGUCUUCGUUUCAUGCGUCAAAAGGUAUGAUCCGAACAAAUGCGAUGAUAUGCUACAUCUCUCCCUCUGUCCAGAGUC